UAAGCAGCUGCUUGAGACUGCGAGACUUUGUCGUAACAACAUACGAGAACAAACCUUUCGAUGUCCAUUAGAUGGUAGAGGCCACCCCCACAGUUAUUGGUGGAGAGAUCCUUGACCAUUCUCAAUGCGUCGAUGGUAUUGGCGCUUUCCAUUCCUUUGGAACUUUGCGGCAGCAUGGUACUUGGCGAAUGCGGAGUGGUGGCAGUUGGAAGAGCUGCAUGCGAGGCUGACGUCGGAUUGGGCCGAGUUGGAUGGUGCGCCACUUAAAAAGUGGGCGCAAAGCCAUCAGUUGGAGGAAUUGCAGCGGACCCUUUGCGAGAGCUCUGCAUGCUAUCAGCACCGCUUUCUGCGAGCCGUGCGGGAGCAUUUGAGUCAAGACUUGAGCGGCAGCUUGGAGCCCUUUGCCGCCCUGUUCCUCGCGACCUCUUCUCGUGAUGCCUGCUGCGGACUGCUGAAGAGCAUUGCCUGGGCCGUGCUGGAGGACUGGCACCGUGCAAAGGAGAGCUGGCAACAUGCUGAGGCUCACCAGUUGGGCUUGGCUGCUCCAGGGGGCGUCGAACUUCUGUUCUUAGCCAGACGCUGGGGCGCGCCAAGCGCUGUGUGUGAGCUUGGGGAUGCAAUCCAGCAGGUCAUCGACGACUGGAAGCAGGACGAGACUCGCUGCCAGCAUGCGGCUGUGCUUGAGAUCCACGACGGCGCCGGCGGCGCCGGCGCCCGCUGUGCAGCCCUGGCGCUCUCCGCGCUGAAGGCCGCCUGCGCCACUUGCGCCACCUGCGCGCCCCGCAGCUUCGUGGUCGGUUCCGCGGUGGAGCCGAUCCAAGAGGUCGGAGUGGAGGAGCUGCCGAAAGACUUGGAGUUGGCCAUAGUAAUUGUGGAGCGGGCUCACGGCCAACUUCAAGCAUUGAAGUCUUUGGCGACUUACUUGAACUCUGAUCAAGUCUUCGGCAUCCUCAUCCGCCUCCAGAAUCCGCGCAUUGACCCUGAAGCUGAUGAUCCACUCUCCAUCUAUGAAUUCUUGGUCUGGCAUGGUUUCCGCGUUGCAGAUGUGAGUGCCCCGUCGGGGUCCGUGUUCCGCUCCGUUGGCGAGAUGCAGCAGGCGGCCGCCUCGGCCGCGGCUGCGGGCGCGACGCUGCGCCUGGUGGCGCGCCCACGGCGUCGGGGUCCGGUGGCAGUGCCUCCAGGAGCGGUGAUGCAGGAGAGCUGUUUGAUGCUCGACCGGCCCAACAGCUGGGCUGAGGUUGAUAUGGCCCCGAUCGAACGCCGGGUGUCCUCUUGGGCAGCCUGGGCGAAGCGCGCGGGUCAGCGGCCGCGGAUUGGUGUGAUGUUGUCGUCCAAUGCCUUCAGCCACAAUGAGUUCGUGAUGGGCGCCCAACUGUUGGCACAUCCGCAUGUCCAGGCGAUCUUCCCUUUGAGCUUUCACCACGCAUUGCAGCUGGGGCCUUUGGGCCAAACUCACAGGAAGCAGGUGGUGCUCUUCAACCAACCACCUCUGCACCUUCUUUGCCGCCUGGCAGCUGCCCAUGUCUCCAUCGCCAUCCAGUCCUUCCGCUGGCUGCUCCGUCUGGCACGCGGGAACCAAGGGGGGCGGUGCAGCACGCCGGUGAAGCUGCAUUUGGAGGUGGACACCGGCAUCGGACGCACGGGUUUGAAAGGUGUCCUGGCAGCGGGUCACCUGGUGGCCAAUGCACCGUGGCUCCGGUUGGAGGGGCUCCAUACCAAGCUUUGCUGUAGCAACGACGCUUCUGCCACGGCCCGCUCCUUGCUUUACCUGAAAUCCCUGGAGCUCCGUCUGCGCGGUUUUCUCCGGGGCUUACGCGGCGGCAAACGCGCCGCAUUCCGCGUGCAUGUGGGUGGCGGUUUGGCGGCCAACCUGGGCGUGGCGGAAGCGUUGAAACACUUUCGCGGGUGGACAGUGCGGCUGGGAGAAGGCAUCUUCCAGGAACAGGAGAGUCUCAGCUGGCAUACGACCAUCUCUGCACUGCAGCUGCUCAAAGACUCCACGCUCCUCGGCUACUGCGAUGCCGGCACUGACUGUGGUGCGCGCCCGGUGGCGGCCGGGUGGGCGGCGGUGCUGCCGGUGGGUUUCGCGGAGUUCCGAGGGGAGGUGGUGUGGAGCUCAUCUGGGACAGAGAUGCGUGUGCUGAACUCGGGCGCCAGCACGACUGUAGUGCAACUGCCGUCCGAAGCGUUUGCACCAUCCACGGUGCCGGGCUUUCGCGUGGGCGACGUGGUGACGCUCUGCCGGCGCUGCCCGCAGCACGCGGUGCCCUGGGCCGUGCCACGGCGCCUGCGACCCACUGCGGCGCCUGCGACGCCUGAAGAGUGCUUUGCGCUGGCGUGGUGAAGAACGUGAGCUGCUUUUUUUCGGAGACGAAUCAGGAUUUCCACGACGUCUGGAGGUUUGGAGCUCACAGAAGUCAAGCUGCAUCAGUCCAUUUUGGUUGAAUGCUGCACUCUUUCUUGCAACGUUCCGACUGCAGUGACAUGUGAGACCCCCACUUUCAAGUUGCUGUGCCAUACACGUACAGCACGACUUCGGCGAAGCUGCGAAGACUGCGAAGACUGGACUCGUUGGAGUUUGGAGUUGAAGUAAAUGGUGAAGAAGUUGGAUGCGAUCCACAACUCAUAGAGUUGAGAGAGGACGGGCGCCUAUGACGUCUGGCAGCAAAAGUCGCAGUCUGCCGUCAUUUUAGGCAAUUGCUUCACUCCUAAGAAUCCCUACUUGGAGGCCAC